AGAGAAGUUUUAUUCUCUCCCCUCUGCUACGGUCAAACACUAUCACACGCACACCCGCAGGGCGCAGCAGGAUCCUACCGCCGCCCCUUCCUAUCAGCCGUCGCCGGUGAAGCCGGCGACGCCCCACCAAUCUAGCCUGCCGCUUUCAUUCUCUCUUUUCGUCUUCCUGUCCUGAUUCCCUCGACAUCCUCUCCAUCUCUCGGUUUCUUCCUCUCUUUCUCAUCCUCUCGUGCCGCCGUUGCUCGUCACGGUCGCCGCCGUCGUUAGCCUAGGGAGAAGACCAUACAGUCGACCCUUUUCUCCCCCUCUCACUUUCUCCCUCUUGCUCUGCUCACACGGCUGCUGCCGCCCGAAGCUGGGGAAGAGCUGAGCAACACCGCCUGCACUCUUACUGAUAGGUUACCCAUUAAAAUGGACCGAGAGGAGCUUACUGCACAAGAAACAGCUCUAUAUGACCGCCAGAUCAGAGUGUGGGGUGUUGAUGCACAGAAGAGAUUAAGCAAGGCCUCCAUACUUGUCAGUGGAUUAAAUGGCACAUCGAUUGAGUUCUGCAAGAACAUUGUUCUGGCUGGAGUAGGAGAUUUGACAGUGAUGGAUGAUCGCUUAGUGACGGAAGAUACGCUUCAAGCAAAUUUUCUGAUUCCUCGGGAUAGUGAUGCAUAUGGUGGUAGAUCCCUUUCUGAAGUGUGUUGCGAGUCUUUAAGAGAUUUCAAUCCUAUGGUUCGUGUUUCAGCUGAAAAAGGUGACUUGUCACAGAGUGAGAUGGAGUUCUUUGACAAGUUUGAUGCUAUAGUGGUCACCUGCUGUUCGCUCAAUGCUAAAGUAGCAAUUAAUGAGAAGUGUCGAAAAAGAGCCAAGCGAAUUGCAUUUUAUGCAAUUGAAUGCCGUGAUGCAUGUGGUGAAAUAUUUGUUGAUCUGCAGAACUACACCUAUGCACAGAAAAGGUCUGAUGGUACUGUUGAAAGGCAUCUAAGUUACCCUAGCCUUGAGGAAGCAAUAUCAACACCGUGGCGGAAUCUUCCUAGGAAAAUGAGCAAAUUGUACUUUGCUUUGAGAGUAAUAGAAAGGUUUGAAUUAUCUGAAGGGCGUACUCCUGGUAAAUUAUCUAGUUCUGAUUUUCCUUCUAUUCUGAAGCUGAGGAAAGAACUAUGUGAUGCUCAGUCCUUGAAUGAGUCACAUGUGCCAGAAAAACUCUUUGAGAGAAUACUACACGCAGGGAGUAAAUUACACCCACCUAUAUGUGCUAUACUUGGUGGAAUUCUCGGCCAGGAAGUGAUUAAGGCAAUAUCAGGCAAAGGUGAUCCUCUCAAAAACUUCUUCUAUUUUGAUACUGCGGAUGGAAAAGGAGUAAUAGAAGAUAUCUCUUAACCUUGUCCAAGCUGAUCCCUUUUGAGUUAUUGCUGCUAGAACAAGUGAAUUGUAUGCUUAGCGUAACAUAUUGUAGGCCUCAGUGCUCUAAUUUAUUGGUCGUGUCAUAUGAAUCAUAUCCUCUAUUCUCCCAAUUUCACUAGCUAUACUACCCUAGUUGUACUAUGUUUUGAUAAUUUUGUAAACAUUACUAGUAGACAUACUUGAUCAUGGGAUCGUUUUGUAAACAUGGUACAUCUUGUGUUUUCUGAGGUGCUUGCUAUUGAGUUCGUA